ACUUCAGUGGCGGUCAUUUUUGCAGCGCUUGGGUGAAUCCAGACCGUCAAGAGCUUUGGGAGCGCUUUGUUUGGCGAGAGAGUCGGAAGGCGCGAGGGGAGGGGUCCUCCCGCUGAACAGUCGGGGGUCUAAGGGUCGGCGGCGGCGGGGUUGACGGCUUUGCCCAGGUCCCCGCGCCCGUCGCUGUCGGGUCCCGGCCCCGCUCUGCCCAGACUCCGAUGGCUGCGGCUGCGCUGAGGGCCCCGACUCAGGGCUGUGUGACCUUUGAGGACAUCGCCAUUUACUUCUCACAGGAAGAGUGGGGACUUCUUGAUGAGGCUCAGAGACGCCUGUACCUUGAAGUGAUGCUGGAGAACUUUGCCCUUGUAGCCUCACUGGGUUGUGGCCAUGGAACAGAGGAUGAAGAGACACUUUCUGAGCAGAAUGUUUCUGUAAGAGUAUCACAGUCAAAGGCAGGUUCAUCCACACAGAAGACUCAAUCCUGUGAGAUGUGUGUCCCAGUCCUGAAAGAUAUUUUGCGUUUGGCUGAUCUCCCUGGGCAGAAACCAUACUUGGUUGGAGAAUGUACAAACCAUCACCAGCACCAGGAGCAUCACAGUGCAAAGAAAUCCUUGAAGAGGGACAUGGACAGAGCUUCAUAUGUGAAGCGCUGCCUAUUCCAUAUGUCAUUGAAGCCCUUUCGCAAAUGGGAGGUUGGAAAGGACCUCCCAGCCAUGUUGGGGCUUCUGAGGUCCCUGGUCUUUCCUGGAGGCAAGAAACCCAACACAAUUACUGAAUGUGGGGAGGACGUUUGCAGUCAAAAAAGUCAUUACAAGUCAGGUGAAUGUGGGAAGGCUUCCAGGCACAAACACACUCCUGUUCAUCAUCCAAGAGUCUACACUGGAAAAAAGCUUUAUGAGUGUAGCAAAUGUGGGAAAGCCUUCCGGGGCAAGUACUCACUUGUUCAGCACCAGAGAGUCCAUACUGGAGAAAGGCCUUGGGAGUGCAGUGAAUGUGGAAAAUUCUUUAGCCAAACCUCCCACCUGAAUGACCAUCGGAGAAUCCACACCGGAGAAAGGCCUUAUGAGUGCAGCGAAUGUGGAAAAUUAUUUAGACAAAACUCCAGCCUUGUUGACCACCAGAAAAUACACACUGGAGCAAGGCCUUAUGAGUGCAGCCAGUGUGGGAAAUCCUUUAGCCAAAAAGCCACCCUUGUUAAACACCAAAGAGUUCACACUGGAGAAAGGCCUUAUAAGUGUGGUGAAUGUGGGAAUUCCUUUAGUCAAAGUGCCAUUCUUAAUCAACACCGAAGAAUUCACACUGGAGCAAAGCCUUAUGAGUGUGGCCAGUGUGGGAAAUCCUUUAGUCAAAAAGCUACCCUCAUUAAACACCAGAGAGUUCACACUGGAGAAAGGCCUUAUAAGUGUAGUGAAUGUGGGAAAUCCUUUAGUCAAAGCUCCAUCCUUAUUCAACACCGGAGAAUUCAUACUGGAGCAAGGCCUUAUGAGUGUGGCCAGUGUGGAAAGUCCUUUAGCCAAAAGUCAGGCCUCAUUCAACACCAAGUGGUUCACACUGGAGAAAGGCCUUAUGAGUGUGACAAAUGCGGGAAUUCCUUUAGCCAAUGCUCCAGCCUCAUACAUCACCAAAAAUGCCAUAACACAUAGAGGCCUCAUGAAUGCAGCAAAUGUGGAAGCGCCUUCAACUCAAGAUCUAUCACCAUUUAGCUCCUGAAAGUCCACACUUAAGUAGAGCCUUAGACCUACAGGGAAUGUGCUGUCUCUGUAGUACUGUAGCAGUAGAGGGCCUUUGUGAGGGAGCCAUCUGCCUAAAGUUGAACCUCAUUCUUCCUUGUUUCUCUGGUAGAAACCGUCUACCCUCUGCCACCUUGCACAGUGGGCAUUGGUCACGCUGAUGUGCUAGGGCAAGGCAGACAUUUGUGUGUUCUCUUAGUCUUUGGAGGAAAUCUUGAGCAAUCUAAGCCUUUAGAGAAAAUUCAUUCUUUUUUCUGACUGAUCACAGCAUACAUGGGACCCAGUUUUGGUCAGGAGGGCCCAGCCUUGGUUCUGCUGGACGCUUAUGUGCAAGGAUUCCCUUUAUGUAAAUUCUUCGUCUCACAUGACACCUGGUCAUUCUUCUAGCCUCCAAGUCACCACCUGGUGAAUGGCUGCCUCACAUUGCUGCAGUUUGUGCACUAAUAAAAGCCUUAUAUUUGAAUCUA